ACCACGAGUAUUUGAUUAACAUAUUUUAUUGAUUAAAGUGGAAGAGAUAUAGAAGAUGCUUACCAUGUUGUGAUGAGUCGUUGGCCAAAUCUGUUCGGUUGAACAUCCGGUCUAUUUAUAGGUCUUGUGUCCGCGCCAGCUAGUGGCGCGUUCAUGUGAGUGACGUCACCGGAGAGUUUAUUCUCAUAGUUUUUAAGUUAUGGGUUUUCUUUGAAUAUAUAUAUAUAUACUUGUGGAUAUGAUUUAUUACAUAUAUGUUUAUUUGUAUUUAUUACUUUUGUUAUUGUUUUUGUUUUCUUCAUUAUUAUUAUUAUUAUUAUUAUGCAUUCCUGUAAGUGUAUGAAAUGUGUUACCUUUAAGGUGGUAUGUUCCAGAGUAGGAGGAGUCAGGGCUAUAAAAUGACUCCAGAAAGUUAUUAGGGCAGUCAGAGAUAGGAGGUGAAGGAGAGGUCUAGACAGACCAUGGACUGCUCGUGAGUUUGUAACUCUGGGAAAAUACUACUUAUGUAGUGUUUUUGCACAGGUCAGGUUAUGCUCUUUUGCUUGGCCUUAUGUUGUGCAGUCUUAUAUUUGGUUGCCUCUAAGUUUUUGUUUUGUUUUUCUGUUUUUCCCACAAAUUCUGAGUGACUGUCACCCUGCACUGCAAUAAAAGCACUGUUAACCCUGACCAACUGUUUCCUCUGUCAAUGGGAACCUCCAACCGCUCAAGGCGUUCAUAACAUUUGGUGUCAGAAGUGAAGCUUCAUAACAGUUGGUGUUUAACAGCGGCUAAAGUGACUGUAACUUAAAAUGCCACCGAAAACCAGGGGUCAGGUGACUGCAGAUGUGGAAGUGGAAGGAGAUCAAGGUGCAGUGGGUGGCGUUCCAGAGGAAGGUGUCCAAACUGUUGAGGUCCCAACCACCGCAGGAGAUAGGGCUGUGACAGCCCUGGCAGGGAUGUUUCAAGCCUUUCUGGAGUACCAGAAGGACCGGGAUGAGAGGCAAGAGAAAGAGUCGGUACGACGUGAGCAGCAGUACAAGGUCCUCAAUCAUCAGGUCACACAGAUGCAGAUGGACGUGGAGCAUGCCAGGCAUAAAGUUGCCCAUUUAGACCAGGCAGGUUUACGAGUGCAGAAUCAUGUGCCUCCAUUGCCAAAACUACAAGACAGUGAUGAUGUGGAACAUUUUCUGACCACCUUUGAGAGAUUGGCAGAAGUAUACAGGUGGCCAAGAGAAGACUGGGCGAUUCAUCUGAUUCCCUUGCUCACUGGAAAAGCGAGAAGUGCUUUUGUCGCCAUGGCACCUGCCUUUACCUCUGACUAUGACAAAGUCAAAGAGGUGAUUCUCAAGAAAUAUGAGAUUAAUCCAGAAACAUAUAGACUGAGAUUUCGUUCAUUGAGCACCGACAGUGAGGAGUCCCCAACAGAAUUGUACAUUCGCUUAAAAGACUUGUUCUCAAAGUGGGUCAAGUUGGACAUGAGCAGUAAAACCGAGAUAAUGGAGACAUUGGUAUUGGAGCAGUAUAUGAGAGUGCUGUAUCCGGAGGUGAGGAUCUGGGUGAAGGAGAGAAAUCCCAGUACCGCAGGAGAAGCAGCUGACCUGGUAGAAUCCUAUAUAGCAGCGCGAAAGGGAUCUUCUGGGACCUUCCGGUACUCUGGUGUCUUCUCGGAGGCAAGAGAUUCGGGGUCCACUGGACGUUUUGAGAGACAGUUGGGAAGCCAAUGACAAGCCCACCAAGCAGAACAUUCUUUCGUACAUCCUCAAAAUGAGAGAGAAGUUGCAACUGGCAUCCACCCAGGCACGGGAGAGUGUGCAGGAGUCACAAGUGAAACAGAAGAUAUGGUAUGACCAGAAGGCCAGGUCCCGAACUUUCCAAGCAGGAGAGCAAGUGUUGUUGUUACUUCCAACGUCAGAGAACCGACUGUUGGCCAAAUGGCAAGGCCCAUAUCAAGUG